AUGCAACAGCGGACACCUGGACAUCCAUUUCGUGAUUUCUCGUUGACCGGGCCCCGAGAUGAGCCGGUUUAUUCAUACUUGAAAAACGGUGGCGGGGAAUAUCUGAUGGAAGUAACCCUCGGGACGCCGCCGUUUAGUUUCGUGGGAAUCGCAGACACGGCCAACGAUUUUACCUGGACACAAUGCCAGCCUUGCCGGGAAUUUUGCUACAACCAAACCAGCCCGAUUUUCAAUCCCCUGGCGAGCAUAACGAACCGGAAGUUACCGUGUGAUUCUGACGUUUGCCGGGCAGCAAAAGGCGCGGGAUGUGACACAUCAAACUUUUGCUACUAUUGGUAUCAGUAUGGAACUAAAACUCAUUUCUUUAGCUCGGGUACUCUUGCUUCAGAUACUUUCACAUUUGCAACAACCACCAAAAAUGGUUCGGGUAAUGGUACUACCCAUGUUUCCAUCCCGGGCGUAGUUUUCGGAUGUGGGAGCACGAACCUUCAGAUAUCCGAGGCGAGUGUGAUUGGACUUGGGUACGGGCCGUUAUCGAUGGGGAACACCAUCGGAAAAUUCCUUAACGGGACAAGAUUCUGUUAUUGCUUAGUUCUUAAUUAUCCCGGCCAACCGGGUCAUGGGAACAUGAGUAAGAUUAGUUUCGGGCCGAGCGUGGUUGUUUCGGGCCCUAACACCGUAUCAGCCCGUCUGUAUUCGCGAUCCCCCGACCCAUUCUAUUACCUAAAUCUUGAAGGGUUUAGUGUUAUGAGAGGAAGGACCCGCAAGGAUCUCGCGACGGAUGCGAAAAAAAUCAGCUAUAAUUCGUUUGACGAUGGUAAAGGUGAUGCAUGGUCGUCACAACCAGGUAACAUGAUAAUCGAUACUAGCACGGCACAGACGUUUUUGUCUAGGAAAAUCUGGACAGAUUUAGUCCAAAUUUUGCAUGACACAAUAAACGGGACGGCAUCGGGGGAUGAUUAUACUCGGUUUGGGUUUUGUUAUGGACCUAAUAAUCAAGGCAUAAGUUUCCCGGACAUUGUUCUUCAUUUCACCGGCGGAGCUGACCUUGUACUGCCUUCUUCAACAACGUUUGUUCCCAAUGAUUAUUAUGGGAAAGGGGCGGUUUGUUUAACGUUGGUUGCUACAGAUGAUGUUGCCAUUCUGGGGAAUGUGGCCCAAGGGAAUAAUCAUAUUGGAUUUGAUUUGGACAAUGGAUGGGUUUCUUUCCAGCCAACCGAUUGUUCCAAGCUAGUUUAA